AUGGAUCCACCAAGUGAUAAAGUAUUAUCUGCAAUAAUAAAAUCUGUUGCAACAUUAUUGUCUGCAGGGAUUGCUUGCUAUGUUACUUUAAAAGUUGUUACACUUCUUGACCCUAAUCAUGAAAGAAAAAGAGAAGCAAAAAAGAGAAUGGAAGAAUUAAAGUCUUUUUUGAAGCUUAAACCUAGAGAAGAAUUAAAUGAACAUGAAUUACGUUUGGCAACGCAAAUAGGUUUUUUUGGCAAUUUUGGGGGUUUUAGGGUAAGGGGUGUGGAUUUGGUAAUGUAUCAGUUUAUUGGGAUUUUUCUUGGAUCUUUUGGGGAUUUUUCUGAUUAUGAAUUUCCUCUGAGGGUGACGCUUGAUUUAUUCCCUUUUUUGAUUGUAUUUUAUGGUUAUUCCCCGUUGUAG